UACAGAGCCUCCACUGAGACUGAGUGGCUCUUUACAUUUGUUCAGUGAAUCAGAAUGAAUCCCUGCUUCACCCCCAUCAGAUGAUUCAGGAGAGUCACAGGAGUGGAAGGAAGGUUUCCCUCUCACACAAUCACAACAAAGGCAAAGAAGAAUAAGUAAGUCAGUCUCUCAGGGGCACGUCAUCGUCAUCAUCGUCACUGUGGUUAUCAUCAUCUGUGCUUUCAUAUCUACACUGAAGACCUGCACAACUGGAUUAUCAGGCAUCUUGGUGACAUUAACCAAGAAUCAGUACAACUGGAUUAUUCACCCUGGUGACACAAACCAGGAAGUGUCAAAACAGGAUUUGAAAGAACAACUGUGAUUUUAAAUUGUAAGUCGGACUCUUCAUCUCUAAAGCAACCGCAUCCAGGACUGUGUACGACUGAGAUACCCGUCACUGUGGUAACAGUCUCCGAGACUCCACCAUGCUGUACUUCCAGGUGGUGAUUCUGGCAGCUACAGUGAUGCUGGCUUACUACUGCGAGUUCACAGACACUUUCAGUCCAGCACAGCAGGGCUUCAUCUGCAGAGACCCGACUUUAGCCAAACCAGAUCCUGGACCUGAACAGGGCAGCCUCAUACAGCCUGUCAUACUGUACUCUGUGGUGGGUGGACUGCCUGUUGUGCUGAUUUCGUCUGUAGAGCUGGUUAUCUUUCUACUUCACUCAAACAGCCUUUACGACCAAGACAAGAUUGUUGUGAUGGAUGACUGUUGCUACGUGAACCCUAUGGUGCGCAGGACCUUCCGUUUCCUUGGUGUCUACGUCUUUGGUCUGUUUUCGACUGACAUCUUCGUCAACGCAGGUCAGCUGGUCACAGGAAGUCUGGCUCCUUACUUCCUGUCUGUUUGCCAGCCCAAUUACACCGCCCUCAGCUGCCAGGACACCGCGUACUUUGUCAGCCUAUCAGACGCUUGCACCGGCGACCCUGAUGACGUCAUGAGAGCCAGGAAGACGUUUCCCUCCAAAGAGGCUGCACUGAGUCUGUACACGGCGGUUUAUCUGGCAAUGUACAUCACAUCAUGCGUUGGUUCCAGUGCAGGUCGACUGACAGGCCCCCUCCUGAGUAUGUCAUUGGUCGGUCUGGCUGUGCUGACAGGCAUCAACAGAGUGGCCGAAUACCGAAACCACUGGAGCGACAUCAUAGCAGGACAAGUCAUCGGGGGAGCUAUCGCCGUCUUUCUUGUGGUGUUCGUGGUUCAGUAUUUCAAGAAGAGACCUGGACUUCCUCAGAGUCCGUCUGAUGAUGGGACAGCUAACACUGAUGAGGCGUCACUUCAGAUGAAUCACACCAUGGCAACCAGUGUCAAAUUUGUUGCUACACAGAGAGCCCCGCCCAUCUACACCUGCCUCUGGGUGGUCUCGAGCUUCCCGCGGGACAGUGCGGAGGCGCAAACAGCGUCCAGCAGCAGAGUGAGUAACACCUGCACCUCCAACUGUUAA